GGGGAACUGGAAUGAUAAAAUCAUAAACGUUUGAUCCGCAAGAUACAAAUACGUUGGCCUUUUAACGAUGUUAUAUUGGAUUUCUCUGCAUGUGCACUAUGACAGACAAUAGUUUAUCGAAACCCAUUAGUGAAAUGGCGUUGAACGGAUAGGACUCACCUAUUACAUUAUAUUUUUGCCGUCAGUUCGUGCGUGAUUUUCCUGCCAUCUUCACAUGAAUGAACCCUCUACGCUAUGAUGCGGGCAAUGGAGACACACCGUGUGCUCUUCCACCUGAGAAUUAUCUACAUCCUCCUGUUUAUAUUGUCCGCAUUCAGCAUCGCUGCUCUGUGGGUUUCUCUUGAGGCAUAUUCCGGACUUAAACGCCUAGACAAGGUGAAGUGGAGAAUGUUUAGGUAUCCUAGCUAUAGAAAUAUAACUGAGGACGAAAUGCAAAGAGCCAAGCGGAACCACGUGGAACCACCGGAUAUGUUCCAGGACGUCACAUUUGCCGGACUUUCCUCCUCAGGCAUUGACUUGUAUCCAAUGUCAAUUGAACAAUUUUGCACGAGAGUCGUUUCUGACUGUGACCUACAAUUUCUGCAAGGAUUUCCUGGACCAAAAGGAGCCAAGGGAGAACCAGGCAUCGAUGGGAAAGGCAUCAAAGGUUGCAAAGGAGAAAAAGGGGAUGAAGGUUUGCCUGGAUUACCGGGAAAACGUGGAGAUAUAGGAUCGCAAGGUUUGCCAGGAAUCCAAGGCAUAUCUGGAGCAAAGGGCAAUAUGGGAGACCCCGGACCUGAGGGGCCUAUAGGCGAAAAGGGACAAAAAGGUGAGGUAGGAAAUCAAGGUAGUCGAGGCAUCCCAGGGCCGAAAGGGAACAGUGGAAUGAGCGGUCAAAGGGGAUUUCGUGGACCAAAGGGAGAUAUGGGAUUUCCCGGACAAAUGGGAUUUCCUGGACUAAAGGGAGAAAAGGGUUUUCCCGGUCAAGCGGGAUUUCCCGGACAAAAGGGAGAAAAGGGUUUUCCCGGUCAAGCGGGAUUUCCCGGACAAAAGGGAGAAAUGGGAUUUCCUGGACAUAAGGGAGUACCUGGAGAUGUAGGACCAAGAGGUCCUAUUGGAUUCAAAGGGGCAGCAGGUCUCAAAGGUGAAAGAGGAAUGGAAGGUCUCAAAGGUGAUAAAGGGAAUGAAGGUCCCAAAGGUGACAAAGGAAAUGAAGGUCCCAAAGGGGAAAGAGGGAUAGAAGGUUCUGUAGGAGAGAAGGGCGAUACAGGUUCUAAAGGUGAAGAUGGUAAACCCGGUCCUAAGGGUGACCGCGGAGAGAAGGGGACCCAAGGAGUAGCAUGGUCGCCUUCGUCAAAUGAAACGUGUCUUUGUUCUUGUUCAUACCUAGGAACGCCACCAACAACCAGCCCCGUCACGAUGAUACAGGAAGAGGACAUGACGACCGACAUCGUAGCCUGCACGCCAACGUCCACCACAACGAGCACUUCAACAACAACAACGACGACGACAACAACAACAACAACUCCCAUUCCAACAACGCCCAGGCCAAGGAAAAGUUAUUGCCUAAUAAAGAAAAUUGGAAUUCCAUUUUUUAAAAUGAAAACUGGGCCGGCUAAAGGGUGUUGGAUGAGGGAUCAGGUGGUGAAUUCGGAGCGGAUCUGGAUAGCGGAAGGUGUGAGUGGUCAAUUCUUAAAGGAGUACACGUCUUUAGAAAACACACAGGAAAUAACUGCGUACAACCUAACACAGUUCUAUUUUCAAGGAACAAAUCACAUUGUGUACAACGGCACAUUUUGUUAUCACUGGAAGGGAACGAUGAAGAUCGUGUGUUAUGAUAUGCGUUUGCAAUCCGUUGUCAUGGCAAGUGACGUAGAUGACUCAAAUUUUGAGGACGAUAGAACUUUGUAUAAGGGGAGCAACUCGUACUAUGAUUUAGAAGCAGAUGAUAAUGGUCUGUGGCUGAUUUUUUCCAAGAAGAACGAUUCUGUUUAUACGUAUGUGUUGCAAUUUUAUCCUGGUACUUUAAGAGAAUACAGACAGAUAAAAGUCCCCGUGAACUCGCGUCAAUAUGGUAACGGGUUUAUAUCCUGUGGAAUUUUGUACUUGGUAAAAAGUGCUUCAGUACAACGAACUACAAUUGACUUUGCUUAUGAUCUUUUCGAAAUGAAAACAAUACCAAUAUCAUUGGAUUUUAUCAAUCCGUUUGCAGAUAGUUCCAUGAUAAGUUUCUAUAAUAAUAGGAAUCCACGACUGAGUAGAAUCUUAGGCUGGGACGAUGGCAGGCAAAUUGACUACCAAAUACUUUUCGAGUAAACAUUAAUCCACACAUUCUAUAUGUUUUAAAGCAUAUCUAUUUUACAUUAAUUGUUGCAAUAAGAUUAUCUUAAUUUUAAAUGUAGUGUACAUCUCGUUAUGUUUAUUUCUUUUAUUCACAAAGACAUUUACUUGAAAUCAUAAUGAUUGGUUUAUGCAGAAUAAGGAAAAACACUUAAUUGGUUUUUCAGAAAUUGCUGUUGCAUGUAAUGUAUUUUCUCUUACGAAGAUUUUAUGAAUUAUGCAAAUAUAUAUCAUAUACAUGUAUAUUUAUGCACAAAACCCUUUUCAAUUCUAUUUCAUACAAUGCUUGUACUCUAAAAAGGCAGUGACUGUUAUUUUGCAUUGUUCUGUUUCGUUAUAAAUGCGGUGUGCAUCUUCAUUUCAAAUUAAAGUGGCGUUUUUUUCUUUGAUAGAGGUCAUAUACAAGUAUGCCGGAAAAAGAAAAAUUAAUGACCAAAGAGGGCUGGAUGGUCGCGGCAAUUUCAAACUAUCUGCGGAUCUAGAGGAGGGUCGGGUUCCGGACACCUGCCCCCUCCUGGAAAAUUCAAAUUUUCUAAAAGAAAAAAAUUCAAAUUUUACAUCUAAGAUAUUUUUUGACUUGACAAUAGUUGAAAACAAAAGCGAUAUACAUGUAAAUAUUUAAGGUAGAUCUGAUGGAUAGUUUGUUGACCGCCGAGCCUCCUCAAAGAUUUAGUGAUUUGAUUUUUCAUCCAGCUUUUGUUUUUGAAAAUGUUCCUUCACAGUAUUGUUUUAUCUGCGAGUAAAUGUUUUGUGUUACAAUAAAUUCAAGGUCGUAUGGGACAUCUCUAUAUAUGUUCUAUGGAAAUAAACUUAAAAAUCAAGUAUAAAAUAAAAGUUUUUUCCCCUAAAGUUAUACUUAAUUGCGUUGCGCAAUGGGUUAGAACGUUAACUACGAAUCAGUAAGUAAUGAGUUCGAAUCCCGCCGAUAUCUUUUUUUCUCGUUUUAGGAUACCACUCCCCCAUCGGAAAUCCUGGAGGAAUAAACUUAUAAAACAAAAUAUCGUUUAAUUGUGUUCAAAAUAAACUUUCAAAAUAAUUUUCACCCGUUGAAAAAAAUUAAACCGUCCUUUAUUUAUAUUUUUUGGUCAAUCAUUGUAAAAUUUGAAGAUUAUAUACAUGUAACUGAUGAAAGUAUUCUGAUAAUGAUUAUGUACUUUUAUCCACACUAAAAUUGACAGGUGUCCCAUACCACCUUAAAGAUUAUCUUGGUUUUCCAUUCAGAAAAAUAACCAUAAUUUGUUGAACAAAGUUGACUUGAUCAGAAAUAAAGCUUUCGGA